GCUCCUAUCAUUGGUCAUGUUGGUGAUGGUAACUUCCAUUCAAUGUUACUAGUAUCAAAUGAUGAAGAACUAUCCAUUGCUAAACAACUAGCUAUCAACAUGGCAAGGAGAGCAUUAAAAGUAGGAGGUACAUGUACAGGUGAACACGGGAUAGGACGUGGUAAGAUGACACUAUUGGAGGAAGAAUACGGACCCACUGGAAUACAAGUAAUGAAGAAUAUCAAACAAUCACUGGAUCCUAAUGGAAUCAUGAAUCCAGGGAAGAUCAUACACAUACAAUAAUAAUAUGUGUAUACCAG